AUGGAUCGGCUGAACCGAAUGUUAGCGUCCGCAGGUAAUAUGAGUGGCCUCAAUAGUACAGCUCCUGGCUCUGACAAUACUAAGCUAAUUGACAAUUCUGAAACUGUAUAUAUCUCAUCUUUAGCUCUUCUCAAGAUGUUAAGGCACGGAAGAGCAGGAGUGCCGAUGGAAGUUAUGGGCUUAAUGUUGGGAGAAUUUGUGGAUGAUUUCACAGUAAGAGUCGUGGAUGUUUUUGCCAUGCCUCAGAGCGGAACUGGCGUCAGUGUUGAAGCAGUGGAUCCUGUUUUCCAAACAAAAAUGAUGGAAAUGUUGCUUCAAACGGGACGUCCAGAAACGGUAGUAGGUUGGUAUCAUUCGCAUCCAGGAUUUGGCUGCUGGCUAUCAUCAGUUGAUAUCAAUACUCAGCAAUCUUUCGAACAGCUCACUGCCCGCGCGGUUGCUGUGGUAGUUGAUCCAAUUCAAUCUGUAAAAGGAAAGGUUGUCAUUGAUGCAUUUCGGCUUAUUAAUACGCAAUCACUAAUGCUUGGUCAAGAGCCACGACAAAGCACGUCCAACUUAGGUCACCUCAAUAAACCAUCUCUUCAGUCUCUUAUACAUGGUCUCAAUAGACAUUAUUACAGUAUUGGGAUUAAUUAUCGAAAGACAGCCUUGGAAGAGAAUAUGCUGAUGAACCUUCACAAACAUGUUUGGACAGAGGGAUUAGAAAUGGAUGACUUCAGGGUUGAAAGCGCUAGAACUCAAGGAAGAUUACAAGAUCUAGUUGGACUGGCCGAGGGAUACGAGAAGCGUGUUAAAGAAGAGACAGAGUUGAGCAAAGAUCAGCUCAAGACCCGAUAUGUUGGAAAGCUAGAUCCAAAGAAACAUCUGGAAGAUGUUGGUCAGCAAUUGAUCGAGGAUUGUAUCAUAUCGGUAUCAAGGCAAAUGAUUGAUAAAGAAGCUUCUGCACCUAAAGAGAAGUCAAUUAUGAGGAAUACGAAUAAGGAACAAGACAGAAUGGAUAUUGAGGAAGAACUAUAA